ACAUCUCAUUCUAGAGGAAAUCACACACACACACACACACACACACACACAGACGGUGUUUGGACUAUGGCUUCCACCACCUCGGGUGAUGUUCUGCCCACAGGCGGCAGGAUCUUUACCUCCAUUCCUGAUGUGUUCUUCAUCCCUGAGUUUGUGUUCGGAGGUUUGGUGUGGAUCCUGGUGGCGUCAACUCUAGUCCAGCCAGCCAACCCUCUGGGCUGGGUGAUGUUCGUGUCUGUCUUCUGCUUCGUAAUGACGACCCUCUGGUUCUUCAUCUUCCUCUGCGGAGGCAAUCAGAGCAGCAUCUGGCCCUCCCUGGAUGUUGGUUAUCAUUUUGUGGCAGUGGUUUUCUACCUCAGUGCGUCGGUGGUUCUGGCAUACAUCACCAUUUUGGCAGGCAGGGCUGUGCAGAUUUCUAGCCUUCCUGGCUUUCUCAAGAUCUACCGACUGGAUAUUUCUGCAGUGGUGAUGUCCUAUAUGGCCACUCUUCUCUACUUCCUCCAUGCCAUUUUCUCUGCCAUCCGAUGGAAGAGGUCCUAAUGAAACAAAAACACAAACUAAGUCCAAGAAGCCCAAGACGAGAAGAAACAAAAUAACCAGCGGACCUGUCAUUGGACUAAACACAGAAUGACCUUUUUGUUCUUUUUUAUUUUCAUGUCAGCAAGAGGAACUUGUUCUUGAUCCAAAGUGCCAGAACAUCAAAUGAAUUAAUGAGUGGCAAACAAGCAGAUUAAUUCAUAAAUGUUACUUGUUACCGCACGUUUUAAUAUUUUUUAAUCAGAGAGGCAGAGGUUUGGUCAGAAGUCGAACAAGCCUGUUCAAGUUAAUCUUUUUUAAUAGAAAUAAAUAUAUAAGAAACACAGUAAAUGGUAAAUGGAAGGUUAAUGAGUGUAAAUAAGUAAUUCAACCACAGAUCUAAUUAAAUAUCCAGGAGCAGGGACACAUUAUGAUAUUUUAAGAUUUUUUUUUUUUAUAGGAUAUCUGAAUUUUUUUUUUACUUGGUUCUGUAAUUUUUCACCAAAUUAGAGGAAGAGCUUAAAGGGUCGCUUCACCCAAAUCACAAGAAGCAUUUUUUAACUUACUGAACACACGGUCGACACGUUACAUUAAGGGUCUAGUGUGUAGGAUUUAGGAUUUAUCAAUGCUACUAUAGCGGCAGCAGCUUACGUGUAUGUGCUGAAUUUGUCAUUUUGGUAAAUUUCUAUGAAGUGACCUAUUUUGUAAAGGUCUAGUGUGAAAGAUCUAGCGGCGAGGUUGCAGGACUCAGACUCCUCCUGUGUGCCAAGUGUGUAGGAGAACAACGGUGGCUGACACAAAAACAUAAAUGGUCCUAUCUAGGGCCAGUGUUUGAUUUAUCCAUUCUGGGCUACUGUAGAACAAGAUGGCGGACUCCGUGGAAGAGGACCUGCUCUGUCCGUAGAUAUAAAUGGCUCAUUAUAAGGUAACAGAAAUGCAACCGUGCUAUUCUUGAGGGUAGAUAUCACUUCAGUUGUUUGCAGCUUUUUCUGAGGAACAACCACAGUAACCAGGAAAAGAUGAGUUUCCAAUGCUGUGAGCACCUCAACUUAGAUUUAAUUCACCUCUAUUGUUUUUGUAUGGAGGCCUUUGUAAAGGGGGAUAUCUCUAUGAGCACGGUCACAUACUAAGCUGGGUAAGUGAGAAAAUGUUUUUAGUAAUUUGGGUGAACCAGUGUUUAAUUAAAGGCUCAGUCUGUCUUGUUAGCUACUGACAAUAACAUGUUAAAGGGGUACUCCAGUGAUCUAGUAUUGUACGUCUAUAAAGCUGAGUGGGACACAGAUUUGUCUCAGAUUGUCAAAAAUUGAAGCAGCACAGGCUGAAAUAUCCCAACUUUUAGUCCCUACAGUAAUCUGGGACAAACUUUGAAAAUAUUGGGUCCUACAAAACCCUCUCUGGCAGCCAGGGUCACAAUUUAUACACUCUUUCUUUUAAAAAUUAGAACUCUACAAGCACAAAAUGACAUAUUCUCCAGUGACAUUAGGUUUACUUUCUUGACCUAACACUACGGCCCUGUUCACACCUGGUAUUAACGUGCGUGGGUGAUCGGAUCACAAGUGCUCGAAGACAGCUCUAAGAACAGGUGUAAAUGCACCAAAUUAAAUCGGUCUCACGCCGAAGUUGCUGAAAUCCGGUGCUUGGUCAGUGACUUCUGGUGUCAGACACAGACGGAAAAAAAAGCAGUCCUUGUAUGUUGGCGUCAGGAGGAAAUCCAGCAGGACGACAAUGAAAGUUAAGGCAGUGGAUGUCCGGGGUGAUAGAUGGGUCCUACAACCGCUGACUUUCACCCGGGAGGCUUGAGAACAAACCCCGUUCUUCUUUACUUAACCCAACCACGUGUGUGUGCUGGCAAAAUGUAACCACGUGUGUUUGUUAAAGAAAAAAUAUAUAUAUUUGCGGUGUUGUACCGACAUAGUGAGUUUAUUUUGACAGAGACUGUAGAAAUGGGAUAUUUCCUGUGAAAACAGAAGUGUAUUUUGAAAAAAUGAUGCAUGUAACAGGCAGAGCUUAACAUACAACCAACGCACCCCUGGUACCUUGCACAUCAUAUUUCGACAUGGAUAGUCCAUGACCACACUUCGAUAUGUGAUCCCUGCCUGACGCUGUGCUGAAGGACCGUACCCAGAAAGGCUCUCCUCCCGGUGAACGGUCAGUUCAAUGUCUGACCAGUCAGCAGGAGCUAACACUGCAACAGCUAUCAAACAAUCACAAUAAACUCAUGAUGAAAAACUUACCUCUGUUUUCAAAUCCAUUAAUUACGUAGCAGCCGUAUGAUGCUAACAGUUAGCCCUGUCACUGUGUGUGUUUGGACAGACUCCCACCAGCAAGUGUGUAUCAGAACAAACAUCCUGCUGGUUAAAAACAACAGUGCAUUUGACCUUUGCAUACAGAAAUUUGAAAUGAAUUUCAUACAGGACGUCUCAUUAUAAAAAUGUCUUACAGCUAAAUAACAAAGGCACAUCUUCAUAACAUUUCAAUGCCAGAAGUUUGGCUCCAGCUUGCGGUGAACAUUUCAAACAUUAAAGCAUUUCACUAAAGAGUAUAUGACAUUCAGUAGAGCUUAGAGUUAGUAUAGCUCAGUAUUAGUACUGUACCACUCAAAACCUGAAGCCCUGAAUAUCUAAAAGAUUAAAAAGAUUGAUUGAAAAGAGGAGUUUCCUUUAUUUCUUGUAUGUUUCCUCCAAGUUUAUGAUUAACAAAAAUAAAUGGAUGAAUAAAAGACUCUCCCUCUCGACCA